AUGUAUCAAGAACUUGAUCAACUGCCGGCUGCCGGCAAAGGCCGCCGACGCAUCCCGGCAUGCCUAAGAUGUCGUGCUCGAAAGGUCAAGUGUGAUAACAGGCUGCCUACAUGUUCCAAUUGUGAAAAGGCCGCCGUUGAAUGUGACCAAGCCGCCAAUUCGGACAAACUCCAUGCCAAGCAAUUAGAAGAACGCAUCAAGGUGCUUGAAAGCAUUGUGAGAAUACACGCUCCUCAUGUGUCUCUGGAUGAUGACUUGGGCCAUGACGACUACUCCACGUUAGAAGUCGGCGAGAAUCAUGCUCAGGCUUCUCUCGAGCCGCCACGUGAAGCCAAUAAGGCGCCUCAGGAAUCUUCUCCAGUCACCACCAGCGGGCGCUCGGGUGCUACCGCAACAGGCACUGAUGCAGUCCCAAGUCCAUCAGUACAUGGGAGCCAAAUCGGCCCAGAACAGCCUUUGGCACACGAAGUUGGCUUGCUCUCUCUUGGUAAUACGGCCAGCGAUCCAAAGUAUCUGGGCCCAUCAUCUGGAUUCACUCUGGCUCGUUUGACCUAUGCAGCUAUACCACAAAGCCAAGGACUACCAAGUGCUGCUGAUCUUCCUCGUCAGGAUGCGGGUUUCAGCCAAAAUACAGCACCACCACGAUGUGCUCCCUUGCCGUCACUACCCGAAAUGCAUAGAUUCAUUGGUGCUUAUGUAGAUGCGUUCCAUUCUCAAUACCCCUUUCUCCAAGAAGGCAAGAUUGAACAAAUCGUGGAAGUCACUUUACGUGAGCCUCAAGCUGGGUUCAACAAAGCAUCUUUGGAUGAUGCGAUGCUGUUUCUUGUCGCUGCUCUUGGCGCCAGGAUACUGGAGCAGGGUCGCCAACUCGAUUUGAAGAGCGCAGAACAUUUAGCAUCGGCUAUGGCCCAUGUCUCUGCGCUUCAACUGCAUGACUCUGUGCAAGGUGUCCAGGUCAUGCUUCUCUUGGUGUUGGCCAGCUUUAUUUUUCCUGAAGGCAGUCUUAACGCGUGGUUUCUCUCGUCUGCAAUCGUCGCGAGCUGUGUGGAUCUUGGACUGCAAAGAAGGUCCGUUCCUGCUCAACGGGAAGGAAAUGAACCUGAGACUGAAGCACUCGAAAACGUUCGUUGUGGGAUAUUCUGGUCGGCGUAUUCGAUCGAUCGGACGCUUUGCACAACCCUCGGUCGGCCACUAAAUUUGCGUGAUGAAGCCAUCGAUAUAGACUUCCCUGGCGAAAUUGGAAGCAGCUCAUCUGGUUUCAAUGCUGUGAUGUCCGCUUCACAACCCAGUCAGCAGGGAUACGAUGCCGAGCUGGCAAGAUUUAGAGAGAUUGAACGAAGCUCCAAGAGACGGCGUUUGGAUCAAACGACCGGACUUGGUUACACGGCUUCAGCGUUCUUUUUCCGUUUCGAUCGUAUCACCGCAGAGAUUAAACUCAUGCUAUACAGAGUAGCCCAGGCGCCCUGGAGAUUUCCGUGGCCAUCAAAUUAUCCACAAUGGCAAAGUGAAGCACUGGCCAGCUGCGACGACCUUCUUUCCUCAGCACGUGAGAUACUGCUGUCGCAAGUCUUGGUACCCAGUCAUUAUCGACGAUUGCUGCCAAGUCUAGAGAUCAAAUACCACCAGUGCGUUCUCCUCCUAUUCCGGCCGUCGCCCGCGAUAUCCCAGCCGUCGGAAGAGGCUUACAGGCGGUGCUACGAGUCCUCAAGAGAGGUACUUCGCAUCCACGCAGAACAGCUCCGAUUUGGGGAAAUCAUUGAAAGCUGGCUAGCUGCACAUUUGGUGUUUGUCAGUGGCAUCACAAUGAUUUACAGUAUAUUCAAAUUGCCCGAUGCCACCAAGCACCUUGUUGGAGGCACCGAGUCGGCAGACUUUGACCAAGCUGUAAGCAAUUGUUCAGAAGUACUGUCCCGUCUAGGGAAGACGUGGCCGGUAGCUAGAGAUGCCAAUGAUAAGUUCACAAAACUUGCCACUCGAUCGAAAGAAAUGGCAGUCAACGCUGCACGUGGACCCCCAGCAACACAGUCAGGGGAGGUGGAGGCGCCCGGCGUUUCUCAGGAAACACAAACGAAUGACCCCUUGAUCAGUGCAGUAUUUGGUUGCGAUGGUGAUAUCGCGGGCAUGCCUGCUUCGUCCGAGUUUGUUUGGUAUGAAUUGGGCGUCAUGUCAACCUGGUUCGAUCUAGAUUGGCGAUUUGAGCAGUAG